UCAGUGUCUGAUGACGAAUUUCCCUACGAAUCAUUAUCACUCAAUUCUGCAAGUCGUUCUGAUUUACUAUGGCUGUUCUCUAGCUGGUCUAAAACCGCUUUUGACCUAAAGGGACACUUUUUGCACACCAUGGACGUUUCUCAGUUUCCAGGCAGAAAGAACAGUAAAAAUGCAGGCAGGGCACAGGACAAAGCACUAGGGACAAAAUGUAUGUGAAAUGGUUUGAUACAGUAAUGUUUUACUAUGUGAUUUUAGUGAAUGUCACUUUUUGUCAUUUUCAAAUUUCCCGCCGUUCCGUCCCCCGUACGUCCCGGAUUACAUUGCUGGGAACACUGCAGGAGGGACAUCGCGGGAGCGCAGGACAAGCAACGCUGCAGGGUA